CUUCUGAAGUUUGUGGUCGUCUAUUGAAAAGCGCGUUUUUAAUUUAUAUUUCAUCAUGGUUGUCGAUAUAGAUCUGCCGGAUCCGACGGUCCUCAUCAAACUGCACGGAAUGUUUAUGGUCAUUGCGUGGAUUCUGUGCUGGUCAUUGGGCAGUUCCGUUGCAAGGUAUUUUAAGAAAACGUGGGUGACAGAGCGGUACUUUGGAGGAGAAGCAUGGUUUCUGUACCACCGGCUGUACAUGUUCUUCACCUGGUUGCUGACCUGCUGCGGUUUCAUACUGAUCUUCAUCGAUAUGGACGGCUUCUACGAGCAUACCCACGCAAUAGUCGGCAUCAUCACCUUCGUCCUGUGCUUUCUGCAGCCCAUCUUCGGGGCCAUCAAUCCGCACCACAAAGCGAAGAAGUUGUUCCGCCUGUGGCACGUCCUAUCCGGCAAUGUGACGUACGUGCUGGCCAUCACCAACAUGUUUCUGGCCGUGGGGCUGGAAUCGGCCAAGCUGAAGACCUCCCUGUACGGUUGGCUGGGUGGGGCCGUGGCAUUCAACGUACUGAUUCAUGCCACAUUUUUGCUUCUGGAGCACCUGUCGAAGAAAAGAGGAGCCUCGUUGGACCCAACCAAGGAUGCAUCGUUCUCCAGAUGGCGCAAGGUGACACUGUCGGUGCAGCUGAUAGGGCUGUUUGCCUUUACGGUGGUCAUUGCGGUACAAAUUUGGCUCGCCUGAGGGCAGCCUUUUGACGUCAAACGAUGGAGCGGUUCGAAUCUGGCGUAGACGGAUAUAUGGUUUCACCUUCGUUAAGUGGUUGUGAUAAGAAGAAGAUGUACGUGUGAAUGUGUAUUUGUGAAGUAAAUAACUGUGAUUAUCAUUAGAUUGUAAAUAUGGUUGGACUUGAUGGUCGAAAGCAACAUUGUAACAAUAAAGGCAUCGAAUAUCUUAUCAGAGCGGUUAUAAUGA